CCAGACGAUUGCUUUCGCAAACUUGUAUUGUGAAUAGACUCUUAACGAGAAUUUCUGAAUCCUAUUCCCCCUUUUUAAAUCCUUCCAGCUGUCUCCUUUGUGAAUUGGAAUUCGCCACUCCAACUUUCCUCUAUACAUUUGCUAAUGAAAUUAACAGAUGAGUUAUAUUAAAUCAGCUAUCAAAAGAGUACAGUUUUCAACUUUUCAAUUAAACAUGAAACACAAGCAUCUAGAACGUGCUUGAUAGUGUCCAACUUCAGACGCGAUGGUAUAUAGAAUCUGUUCUCUGUAAUUGUACUACAUUGUACUUUUUGCACUAAAAGUGAAAUAGGAAUACAAUUUGGAGAUUAGUGGAGGAGAGAGAGGAAAAGCGAUUAAGUGAAUGGUGUAAAAAGAUCAGCUGCAGAGACAAACUUGUAUACUGAGAGAUUGUCGACCCUGCUGCAGAUUCGAAUUUAUAACGUAAACGUGGUGAAUGUCACGGAAAUUUCGAGUUUGACGAAGUAAUGUUUUAAUGUUAGAUUAUAUAAAUUAUGGAGGACAUAGACUCGUUGAAGACGGCUCUCGUGAGCAAGGAUAUGCCGACACUCAAACAAUGGUUGCUGUCCAAAGCGGAGAUUAUGAAUGAAAUCAAAAGAAAUCAAAAUCAACAAUUUAUUGGUAAAUCUUGUUAUUCAGGAGGAAAUUAAAAUUAAGGAAUUAACAUCAAAAUUGGUUACUAAGAAAGAGACACUGCAUGCAGAAACUCAAACUUUGGAGUACAACAAUGCCGAGUUAUCGAAAGAGAAGAGUUGUCUAGAAGAGCUGGAAGUAGAGAAAAAGAAUCUUUCGCAAGAGAUCGAACAGUUAGAAACAGAAUGUAACAACUUGAAGUCCUCUAGGCCAAAUUUGCGAGAUCAGCAAUUGCUGGAGCAAGGAAAGAAAAAGUUGAAAUUGUACAAGGAUUUAAUGAGGAUACAGUGGGAUUACCAGGCUACAAGGCACAGCAUUAAAGGCUAUGUCUCAAACAAACGUGACUACAUUCAUCACUUUUGUUAUGAAAAUCAAGAGAUUAAUAACAAGUUAAUCGACUCACUGUGGCACGAAAUAUAUUUAUCCGCAACCACGGCUGAAAUGGGAGACGAGAAUCUUCAAUCGAAUAUACCAACUAAUGUGAAUAUUAUGCCUAAAUAAAAUUAUGUAAAUGUAAAAUUAUA